GCUGCCGCGGGGGCGGGGCCGCCGAAGGAACGGCUGGCUCGGUUGGCUGCGGCGGGCGGAAGGGGCGGGGCAGCCGGCGGAGGGGAGCGGGGUCAAUGGCGACGCUGCGGGCCCGGCGGUGCCGCUCGCUGUGAGGGGCCGCGGAGACACUAUUCCACAAUGGAUGGGGGAGAUGGUACUGCUGACCUUGUGAUUAACAAGAGGUUCGUGUCUGAGGCAGAGCUAGAAGAGCGACGAAAGAGAAGGCAGGAGGAAUGGGAAAAGGUCCGAAAACCUGAGGACCCAAAAGAAUGCCCAGAGGAGGCGUAUGACCCACGGUCCUUGUAUGAAAGGCUCCAGGAACAGAGAGAAAAGAAGCAGCAGGAGUUUGAGGAGCAAUUUAAAUUCAAAAAUAUGGUAAGAGGCUUAGAUGAAGAUGAGACACAUUUCCUUGAUGAGGUUUCUCGGCAGCAAGAACUACUAGAAAAGCAACGAAGGGAAGAAGAGCUGAAAGAACUAAAUGAAUACAGAAGCACUCUCGCUAAAGUGGGAGUCAGUAUGGACCCAAAGAAGGAAACUGAGAAGAAAUUGCCCAUGAAGUCAGUGGAAAACAAGAACAAAUUUUCUCAGGCAAAGCUGUUGGCAGGAGCUGUGAAACACAGAAGUUCAGAUGGUGGUAACAGUGUGAAGAGGUUGAAACUAGACACUGACCACGAGGAAAAGAAUCAAGAAAAGCCCUCCUGUGUUCCCUUGGGGAGCAGCUCAGUGGGAGGCUCCACAGUGCAUUGUCCCUCAGCAGCCGUGUGCAUCGGGAUUCUGCCCGGCCUGGGCGCCUACUCGGGGAGCAGCGACUCGGAGUCCAGCUCCGACAGCGAAGGCACCAUCAAUUCCACUGGCAAGAUUGUCUCCUCUGUCUUUCGUGGCAACAGUUUCUUUGAUGGUCCAUAACAAAAUCCCUCCGUGUGUAAUGUAGUGCAGAAUAUCUUCCAAAGCCCUGAUGGAUGCUUGUUGCAUCCUUCUGCCCCAAAUAUAAUCUUUCUAGCUAACCUCUCAACUUUAAUACACUCAGAUAUUCCUAAAGUAACUCAUUAUUUACCCCACCCCCCAUCCCAAACUUUCCAUUUCUGGGGUGCAUACUGAGCCUGGAAGAAAAGCUGCCAUCCUAAGGCAGAAGGCACACCUAACCAUGUCACAAAGGUCUGAGGGUAUGGAGGAGAGAGCUUUAUCUUUUACAAUUCUUAUGGAAAGAAUUAUGUUGAUUUAAGAAGUUUAUACAAGACUAACAGGCAAAAAAUAAUCACUUGAAGCAGUGAAGUCUUGUAGAAGCAGCCAUGUGUUCUGUUUUAAAAUGUCAUUUUUAUUCUGUAUUUGAAAAAUGGGGGCAGAACCAAAUUUGAGCAGAUGGUGAAGUGUAGAUUGCCAUGACACUGUAAAGAAGUUUUAGUGUUACAUGAUUAAAGACGUUCUGAAUGCA